UUACCACCACAACUCUCCUUUUAUCCUACUCCAUUUUUAUCCCUCCCAUCUCUCUCACUCCUCUCUUCUUAAAACCCUCUCCUUCCUCUCAGAUCUCUCUCUCCCUCUCUCUAUCUCUUCCUGCUUCUCUAAUGGCUUUGAUGAUAGACAACUGCGGCGAAGGCAUACUCCUCUCUCUCGACUCCCACAAAUCUGUCCCGGCUCCGUUUCUCACCAAAACGUACCAGCUCGUCGACGAUCCCGUCACCGACCACAUCGUCUCUUGGGGCGAAGACGACACCACCUUCGUCGUCUGGCGUCCUCCGGAGUUCGCCCGCGACCUCCUCCCCAACUACUUCAAGCACAACAACUUCUCCAGCUUCGUCCGCCAGCUCAACACCUAUGGUUUCAGAAAGAUCGUGCCGGACAGGUGGGAGUUCGCCAACGAGUUUUUCAAGAAAGGUGAGAAGCAUUUGCUCUGCGAGAUCCACCGCCGCAAGACGGCUCAGCCGACACAGCUCCCCAUCAACCACCAUCAGUACCACCCGCAUUCGCCGCUCGGCAGCCACCACGUCGUCACCGGUCCCGGAUUCUUCCCCUUCCCACGUGGCAGCAACUCGCCUUCCGACUCCGACGACUUUCCCAACUGGUGUGACGACUCGCCGCCGCCACUCGUGUCAUCUCCACCUUCCGGCUGCGGUGGUGGUCCCCUCAACACUGGCUACUGCAGUAACGUUGCGACCACUACCACCGUGACAGCUCUGUCGGAGGACAACGAGAGGCUGAGGCGGAGCAACACCAUGCUGAUGUCGGAGCUCAACCAUAUGAGGAAGCUUUACAACGAUAUCAUCUACUUCGUUCAGAACCAUGUCAAGCCUGUCGCUCCCAGCAAUUCUUACCCAGGUUCUCUACUUCUCUGCAACCCAACACAAAACACACUCAACCCCAACAACUCAUCCGCCGCCAUCCACAAGCCUCUCAACCAGGUUUUUGGGUACCACAAUAACCCUAAGCAAACCCAACCACAUCAUCAGCCAAUGGCCCAUGUCAUGAUGAACAACAACGUUAACGUCUCGUCUCCGACCACCGCCAAGAGUACUAGCUCGGUGACGAUUAUCGAAGACCGGCCCGGCAACAACAAUGGGUGCAAGACCAAACUGUUUGGGGUUCCACUGCUGCAUUCGAAGAAGAGACUGCACCCGGAGUACAACAACGGCUCGAACCACACAGCCAUGGAAGCAACUAAAGCUCGCUUGAUUUUGGAGAAGGAUCAUGAUUUAGGUCUUCACCUUAUGCCCCCAUCCACAUGUUAG